AAAGUUCAUCAUUUCUGUUUUUUUAUACCUACAUUUUUAAUUAAAAGGCGGGGCUAAUACUACUAAAGGCGUGGUUGUAAUAAUCAUGAAUAUAUAAUGAGCUUUGAAUUGACGAUUUCACACCAAUUACUGAUUCUGCAAAAUGUCUCUCUCUUUCUUCUUUCUCCUUCUCUCCGCUUCUCUGAGCGCCUCAUUCCCUCCUCGUAAGCUACAGCUACAGGUCCUGCUCCCUCUGAAUAACUCCGUGGUUCGGAACUAUGACGCAUUACCUGCUGUUACGAUGGCCUUGGAAGACAUAAACGCCAAUCCUUACUUUCUUCAAGACUACGAGCUGGUAGCCGCAAUAAAUGACACUGAGUGUGAUUCUUCUGUUGGUUCCUGGAGACUAAUAGAAUCCGUUCUAACCACAUCUCCUCCAAACGUAACGAAAAUAAUCUCUUUCAUCGGCGGGGGAUGUUCCCUGGCAACGGAGCCAAUGGCCGCACUCACUGGUCAACUAUACAACAUUGUACAGCUGUCCUAUUUCGCUACGUCUCCUGCUCUCUCUGACCGGAGACAGUACCCUCUCUUCUUUCGAGUCUCUCCCUCGGAGAACCUUCACAACGAGGCUAGAAUAGCGCUCAGUAACAUGUACAACUGGUGUAAGGUGGCCACACUCUAUCAAACUGAAAACAUAUUCUCACUAGCAGUAAUUGAUUUCUACGAUAGGUUUCCAAUCUUGCUCAACGGGACAAAGUGUAGGGACUCUAACGAUACUGUCCAGCUGUUCAGCUUCCCUGGUGAUCCUCUCAUACCUCUUCGGCAAAUCAAAGAGAGCGACUAUCGUAUUAUCCACGGUUUCUUCUAUUCAAACAAAGCAGUCAUUGUCAUUUGUUACGCCAUUCACCUUGGACUCACCACUGAUAAACAUCUCUGGAUAUUACCGGGUUUCUAUGGCGACGGCUGGUGGUUGAAAGCAGACAGCAUGGACUGGACUGGGCUUAACUUUCGCUGCUCCUCCAUCGACAUUGUUAAUGCACUGAACAACUCUAUAUUGCUUCAUUUCAAUCCAUGGCUCUUGGAUAAUGCCACUGUUUCAAUGCCAGGCUAUACCAAUGCUACAUUUUUCGAGAGGUACAGGGACAUUUUCUAUUCCUCGUCGCUAAAUAUCACGUACCACGACCAGUUCCUCUCGCCUACCCUCAUGUAUGACGCAAUAUGGACUCUCGCUCUAGCUCUUAAUGAAACUGAUAAAGAACUAAAGGACAGAGGACUGAGUCUCUCGGACUUUAGAUACUCACUUUAUGACGAGGACGAUACUGUUGAUUCUAGUAGUCAAGACACAUCUACUAAUAUCACAAAUAUUUUAUUCUCGAAACUAAAAGAUACUAAUUACAUGGGAACAUCAGGAAGAAUCAAAUUUGACAAGAAUGGUACGAGAAUAUCAGUAAAUACCGUCCUACAGUACAGAAUCGUUGAAGGGUCUUUAGUACAGGUGCUGUUGGGUACCUAUGACUACCAUGAAGACGGAUUGCGAAUUAAUUACUCGUACAAUAAUCCUGAAUGGAAUCUUGGCUAUCCUCCUCCUGAUAGAAGUAUGCCCAUUAGUCGGCUCCUCAACCAAGCUGCAAUAUAUUCCAUGGAUGCCAUCCUGGCCAUUGGUAUAAUUAUUGCAGUCCUGCUGCUUGUUUUUCAAAUUGUCACCAUCAGAAAACCUUUAAUGGCAAAUUCAGCUCCAUAUAUAAAUAUAAUCCUUAUAAUCGGUUGUAUUGUCAUGAUGGGCUCAUCAAUAUUACUGGGCAUUGACUCUGGAACACCUCAAGUCACUGAUGGGAACAGAGAUAACAUCCUCGAUGAAAUCAAUGAUUCCGCUAAAAACAGAUACGCCAUCAUUUGCAUGACUCGUACAUGGUUACUAACCAUUGGAUUCACUCUAUCCUUUGGAUCUCUCUUUGCUAAGACCUGGCAGGUCUAUAGAGUUUAUUUGGAUGAAAGAAAAAAGAACAAACCAUUGAAGAUGUGGAAUUUCCUCCUCAUAAUGGUGAUACAGUUAAUUGUUGAUGUUAUCUUCUUAUCCAUUUGGACCGGAUUAUUCCGUUUUAGACACGGGAUAGACACAGUUAAAGAUAACAACAAUAUUAAUUACUCUAAAUUUGAAAAGUGUGAAUGCAACGGUUUCAUUUACCUAAUUGGUACAUUGUGCGCCUAUAAAGGUCUCCUUCUCGUCUUCGGACUCUUCUUGGCCUACGAGAGCAGGAAUGUCAAAUACACUUUCAUCAAUGAUUCUCGUUUUGUCUCAAUAGCAAUGUACAUUGUAGUGGUUCUCAUUGCCAUUAGCGCCCCCUUGAGCCUGGUACUCGCUAACCAGCACUUCAUAGAUCAUGCCUAUGUCGUUGCUGUUUUAAUGAUCACUAUAGCUUCCUUGAGCUGUCUCCUUGUCUUGUAUGUUCCUAAAUUCUUUUAUUUGGCUAAAGGACUAGACGCAAUGGUAUCAAACAAUAAAGCCGAGGUCUUUACGCCAGUUGACAACCUUAAGUUAGGCUACCAGGAGGAAACUGAUACCACCACCUGCAACACACCAAACAGUGACAACCAGACCACUAAUGUGACCAGUUUCUCAACAAGCCCUGGUACUACGCAGCCCAACACUCCAGCUGACAUUAUGACGACAGGAGACUCCUGUGGUAGCAGUGUUCCCUCUUCUUCUGAGAAAGAGGAUUUUGAGUUUCGACAAGAUGAAAGACCUUAAGAACUGACCGUCCACUAAAGCAUAUACUCAGCAAUAAUCAUUUAUUGUCUUUUAAUAUAUAACUAUAUCUAAUUUAUUUUUUGUCUAUAGAUUCAUCAAAAUGUUUGUUUUUUAACAAAAAAAUUACCUUGAAAUUUA